AAAGGCGGUGAGUCGUCAGAAGCUGUCACCACUUACCAGAUCAUAUUCCACUCAUAAUAUCACUCCCUUUCCUCCCUUCUGUUCUCUUCCUGACCGGUCGAUUCUGUUUGGCAAUGGCGUGUGUGACACUAAAGAGACCCCUGGAAGUGAUGGGGAGUCCACACAUGGAGACGUCUCCCAAAAGAAGGUGUGGGAUACCUCUCAUCUCCUCCACUCCUCCCUCGAGAACCAGUUUCAAGAAGAGGAAAAGGAUGUUAGAAACUGAGAACAAACCAGCGCCAGUCUCCACACCAAGCUCCCCGUUCAUAGCCUCGACCCCUUCAGUUGCAAAUAUAGAAUCAGAGAUAAGACGGCUUCAUGGUCGUAAGCUCUUCACAGAGUCUCAUCAGAAUGUGUCUGCCUCAUCCUCCUCCUCCUCUAUAGCUAGCAAAGACCAACCAUUGUUCACAAUGAAGCAAGUCACCAUGAUAUGUCAGCGGAUGCUAAAGGAAAGAGAAGAAACACUUAAAGCUGAAUAUGAUAAAAUAUUAUCGGCCAAACUAUUAGAACAAUACGAUGCGUUUGUUAAAUUCAGUCACGAUCAAGUAGAAAGAAGAUUUGCAGAGUCUGCCUUUAGCUAUGUGUCAUGAAUCAUUUUUCACUCUUUUCUACAUUAUUGAACUGAAACCUCUUCACCUGAGCAAUUAACUUCUGAUGUGCUUAUUAUUAUUAAUUCAUUCUUUACUACUAUUAUAAUACCAUACCACACAAAGGACCUACUAAACAUGUAUUAUUAUUAUUAUUAUUUUGUUGUUAUUAUUUUGGGUGUGCCUUCUAUCUAUCUAGUUAAUGAUUAUUGUGACUGUUUUUAUAAAGCAA